AUGCUCAUCCCAGUUUCCUUCCUUCCUUCCUUCCUCCCUUCCUUCCCCCUUCCUUGUUCACCCUCCCUCCCUUCCUUCCUUCCUUCCUUCCUUCCUUCACUUCUUCCCUCCCUUCCUCCCUCCCUCCCUCCCUUCCUCCUCUCCCCUUCCUUCCUUCCUCCUCUCCCUCCCCUCCCUCCCUUUCUUCCCCAACUUCCUCCUCCCCUCCCUCCCCUCCCCUCCCUCCCUUUCUUCCUUCCUCCCUCCCUCCUCCCUUCCUUCCUUCCCUUUUUCCUUCCUUCCUUCCUUCCUUUCCUUCCUUCCUUCCUUUCUUCCUUCCUUCCUUCUUUUCUUCCUCCUUUCUUCCUUCCUUCCCUUCCUUCCUUCCUUCCCUUCCUUCCUCCCUUCCUUCCUUCCUUCCUUCCUCCCUCCUUCCUUCCCCCUCUUCCCUCCUUCCACCCUCCUCCUUCCUUCCUCCUCCUUCCUCCCCUCCUUCCUUCCUUCCUUCCUCCCUCCUCCCCUCCCUUCCUUCUUCCUUCCUUCCAACAAGUAAUUCCUUUUUUAUUCUUUUCUAUCUUUUUUUGUUUCUUGUUUUCUUUCUUCCUUUCUCUCUUCUUUCUUCCACUUCCUUGCUCCUUUUCUUUCUUUCUUUCUUUCUUUCUUUCUUUCUUUCUUUCUUUCUUUCUUUCUCUGACAUUCCUUCCUCGCAGUUCUAUCUUUUUUGUUUCUUUCUUUCUUUCUUUCUUUCUUUCUUAUUCUGUUAUUUGCUUAUUUUGUUGUUUCCCCAAACUUCUUUCUUUGCUCUUUCAUUCUUUCUUUCAUUCUGUGCUUCCUUUUCAAGUUCAUUCUGCUUCUCAAAUUCCUCUACCUUUUCUUUGUUAUUCUCUUUCUCAAAUUGAACUAUAUUUUUUCUCUUUUAGUCUCUUUCUUUUUCACAUUGUUGUAAAUUUUCCUCUCCUUCAUUCUCUUUAUCACAUUGACCUACCUGUUUUUUUUUCCUUCAUUCUUUUUCACAUAUUUUUUUACUUGUUAUUCUCCUUCAUUCAUGCUUUCUCACAGUGUUCUACUUAUUUUUCUUCUUCCUUCUUUAUCUCACAUUGUCUAAAUCAUUUUACAUUGUCUGACUCAUUUUUUCUCCUUCACAUUUCUCCCCUUUUCUCAUUCUUGUCCUGUCUCUUUGAUGUUUUUUUUUCUUUUUUAGACUCUCUCCUUCUUAUGUAUUUGACUGUUGCCAUUGCAUUUUUUUUCUUUUUUGGUUCCCAUAUCUAUCUUAAUAAUGUGGCACGUUGCCUGCAAGUCUUAGGAAAGGAUGCUUCCAUGUCUCUUUUGGUUAUCUAUCCAAUGCAGCAAUUCUUAGAAACUUCCAUUCUUUCCUUUCUUGUUUUUCUUUCAUACUUCCAUUUUGUUUUGCUCUUCUCUCUCUAUCUAUUCAUUUCUCAUGUUUCUUUCUUUUUCUUUUAUUUCCCUAAUCUAGUCUUUCUUUCUAUCUCUUCAUUUCUCUUUUCUUUUUCUUUUAUUUCACUGACCUAUCUUUCUCUCUCUAUCUCUUCAUUUCUUUUCUUUCUUUUUUCCUUUUAUCUUCCUGAACUAUCUCUCUCUAUCUGUUCAUUUCUCAUUCUUUCUAUCUAUCUCUUCUUUUCUCUUUUCUUUUUCUUUUAUUUCAAUGACUUAGUCUCUCUCUCUCUCUCUCUUCAUUUCUCUUUCUUUCUCUAUCUCUUCAUUUCUUUUUCUUUUAUUUCAUUUAGUCUAUCUCUCUUCAUUUCUCCAUUUCCUUUACUCCUCCUUUAUUUAAUCUACCUAUCUCUCUCUCUCUCUCUCUUCUUUCCUCUUCAUUUCUCUUUCCUUUCCUCUUCUUUUAUUUCAUUUACCUAUUCUUCAACUCUCUCUUUUAUUUCCUUGGCCUUCUCUCUCAUCCUACCCUCUCACUUCUCUCUUUCGUCUUUAUUUUAUUGUACAUCAAAAGUGAUUCAGGUGAGCAGAACAUUGCAUAAAUAUACUAAGCUGUGGGGUGGGGUCUGCGAUGUGAAUGAGAAAGCCUUCUAG